UGCCAUCCACCCCAAAGCUGCGGCCACAUCGCCACCGCCAGUCGCCCAUUCGAUCAUGCAUCCCCGCUGUCAAUUGCUCUCGGGGCACCUGGUCACAGUCACCCGCGCGCCACAGCCCGCCCAGCGAACGCUCACCACCUCUGCGACUCUCUACAACAAGAACCCCCUGCAACGGCGGAAGGGCGGCGAUCUCGGCUCCCAUCUGCCCAAGCAUGUAAUCUCGAAGGACCCCCAUAUUCCCGACUAUCCGUACGGCGACUUUUCGCUCUUCAAGCAGGCGAAUAAGGGUCUCUAUGGCGAGCAGAUGAUUCAGUUCGGCAACAACGUCUCCCACAAGACCGAGACCAAGACAAGAAGGAAGUGGACACCCAAUGUUCUGUCCAAGAGUCUCUACUCGGUUGCGCUGAAAAAGAGGAUUAAGCUGAAGGUCACAUCGAACGUGGUGAAGAUCAUCGAUCGCGAAGGUGGUCUCGAUGAGUACCUGCUCAAGGACAGCAUACAUCGUAUCAAGGAGCUGGGACCUACAGGCUGGGCGCUGAGAUGGACAUUGAUGCAGAAGCCUGAAGUCAUCGAGCGACUGCGCGCCGAGGCUGCUGCUUUGGGCAUUGACCAAGCCACCAUCGACAAGCAAUGGCCUACACCAGCGAUGCAAAAACAGCAGAGCUACGCUGACCGUGUUCUGGCUCGUGAGGCCGUCCUUGCGCAGGCAGGAGAGGUCGAAGACGUAGACCAGGGUAUGUGGGCUGAAGAGGAAGGAGCAGAAGACGAGGUCGAGGGCACCGAGUCAACGAUUGGAGAUGUGCUGAAUGAGCAAGAGAUCAGAGCUCGCAAGAGGGCACACGGUGAAUACAUGUCAGCGCAGAAAGCUGCGAGACGCUACCUGAGCCGAGGUUACGUCGACAGCGAAGAAGAGGGACUGAAGAUCGCUUUUGUUCAGCAGAAAAAGCGCACAGAUACUUUCUUCAAGCACCAGGCCAGAUUCACCGAGAAAGCCAAGGAGUUGUUCACCAGGGAAGAUCUCAAGGCGCUUAAGAAGCGCCUCAAGAACCCGCCUAAGCACAUCACCGCACUUCGAAAACUCGCAUUCAAAGAACGCGAGAAGGCGCAGGCCGAGGCAGCAGGAGGCUGGGAGCCCUACAAUGAAGUCAAGAAGGCAUCCAACGCAGAGAAGCUGGCUGCGCUCAAGGCGCGUGUCGAGGAAUGCGGCGGCGCUGAGGCCGUGAAGGCCAGCAGAAAGGCUGAACUUGCAAAGGCUCUUGCCGAGGCCGAGACUGCAUCCACAAACCAGUCGCUCGACGAGAAGACACGGCAGUACUACGAGAGCGCGAUAAACAAGGCGGAUAUGGCCAUCAAGGCCAAGCAAGCCGGUGGCGUACAAGGGUAUGUCGAGAUGGCGCUCGAGGAGCUGAAGAAGGCCAGCAGCCCGGGGCUGAGUGAGUUGUUCAAGGGGUCGAGGAAAGAGAAGAACCCUGGAGGCGAUGCGUGGGCCGCGCUAGUCAACUCGAGUAACACACCGGCUGAGAGCAGACCGCAUGCGUAAGAUAGUGGUGUAAGUGUAGCCUGUUUGUAUAUCACCGUUCGUAUCUUUUGUAACUCUGCAGCAUUAGAUGGGGUAAUGAACUGCCAGAUUCCGUCGUCAUAAAGCUUUUCCAAUGCCUAUACAGUCC